AUUUUACAUCUAACUUUGGAAUUACCUACAUGUGCAUGGAGCUGAGGGUUUUUGUUGGAGUUCCAGGUCUCUUAGAUGUAAAAUAAUAGAUCAAAUGCAUGAAGCAUGUAUAUUACUGAGAAAGGUCUCAAAUAAAUAAAAUGCAACUAUUUUUGGGAAGUUAUUGGAUCAAGAUAAUUCAGGAAAUGUAGUGGAGGGAAAUGGGUGGAAAUCAAGACAUGUUAGAAUAUGUCCCUUGCUCUACAGUUUUGUUUCUUUGCAGAAUUCACUCAGUUCAAAAGUUGUUUAUGAAUUAUUUUACAGAUGGAUGCACUCUUUCCAAAAUGCAAACUACUUAGCCAGAUGGCUUCACAUCUGGAUUAAUCUCAGCACGAAACAGAGAAGAGUAGUUGCAUUUUUAAGUAUCUGCUCUCUGUAGCAGACCUAAAAUUGGUAAUGAUCACCAAAGACAUUUAUAUCAGUAUAAUUUGCAAAUAGUAUUUAUUUCUCUGCUUCUGACAGUUCUGAAUAUUUCUGAUGGAAACAUUUCAGAAUGUUUGGGUGCCUGAUUUGCUUUAUCACAAUUGCAAUGGAAACUUACUGCCUGAUUGCUUAGGCUGGUAUUGGGAAACCCAAACCCAGUUAAAAACAGAUGAAUAGAUGUUUAAUGUGAAAAUGAGGAAACACAAGUUCUCACAUAAACUGGUGAAGCGCUGAAGCCCCUUAUUCAAAAUCUUGUCUCAAACUAAAAGGAUGAUUGAAGAUUUUAAGAUAGGAUUCCCCAAGUUCCUUCUAUGAGCCUUCCUUAACUUCAUCACUGUUGAUAAUCGACUGAAUUAAUUUCAUUUUGUGGGAAAAUAAACAAAUUGAUUCUCUAGCCUAACUGUGCAGCACUGCUCUACAAGCUUUGCAUCAGCAGGUUUACAGCAUCUUUACAUAGGCUAUGUUAUUUUUAUAUUUUUGGCACAAACUGCCUUUCAUCUGCACAUAAAUUGUUUCUUGUUUCCUUUUUGCUUUGUCUUGUAAAUUAUUCUGUUGGUUUUUAAUCUUUCUUGGAAGCAGUGUGACUUUAUCUUGGAAUUCAUUGUACUGUCAUAAUGUUAAUGUGGACCGAUUCAUUAGCUGUCUUCAGAAAGUUUCCAUCCUGCAGUGAACAUAAAAUGCAUGGUGUUAGAUCUGGAUCAGGCAGUCUGUUGCUACUGUUUCAUGGUUAGACAUGGUCAGAGAUAAUUUCACUGGGCCCAGAGUACUUGCUGAAAAGGAUUUCCUUUCCACUUCUGUGCCUCUGGGUUCCAAGGCUGCUUGGGAAGCCAGUGCUCGUGCGUCUGCCUGAGGACCAGGUGUUCCACUGCUCUGGUCAUCCAGGCCCUUCGCCUUCAGCUCGGGGCAGCUCUCCUGCUGUGCCCGUGCACUUGGGCUGCUUCAGGAGAAUGGGACAGGAGUGCCCUCCCUGCAGUCUGAUUGCCUGGUCAUACAAAGUAGACAACCUCUUGUGCUGAUGGAUCCUAAAUUAUAGACCACAGACACUUGAAAUCCUGAAACUACCAUCACAGCUUUGCUUUCAGUGUUGUGGUAGUUGUGGUGGUAGCUGGAAGUGAUGCAGAUCUGGCCAGCUCAAUUUGUCUAUGCUGGGAAAGGUGGGAGUCUCAAAUGUCUGUGGUGCCUCCACCUGCUCAGCCUCCUUUUGCUGGUGGAAGGGAGGAUAUAUAUGCUGAUAAAAUGAUACUGCUGAUCAAUUCUGACCAGAACUUCAGAGGGAUCCUGACUGAAUUACAACAAAACCAUGUACACCAAUGUUGAAUCAGCCCAAAGUGCGUGCCUUGCAUUUUUGCACAAAGUCAGUUAAACAUGCACUCUCCUCUGUAAAGGCAGGGCCAUAUUUCAGGCAGGGCCAUAUUCCAGGUUGCAGAAAAAUCCCAAGUGUCGUUCUGCUACUGGAGUGUGAAUGUCACGUAGCCGUGCCGGGCAGUUGUCAAUCUGCUCCUUUUCUCCUCGCACAUAUUGAGCUGCUGGGCUGUGCUGUGACAUUGGCCCCUGUAGCAGGGAGGAGGCAGCUGCAGGAGCAGCAGAGUACAAAGAGAAAGCUUUCUGCAGCCUGGACGGUUUGCCUCCCUCCCCCACGUACAAGGUUUUUACAUCUGCUCCCAUAGUCACCAAAGAGAGAAAGAUAUAGCAACCCACAACAAACCCACAGAGGCAGAGCUGCGAAGCUCUCCCCAGAAAGCUGACUUACGCUAAACCUCUCCACUCCUUCUCGUCACACUGCACUGGGUCUGCUGUGACUGCUGCCUCCAGAUGAACUAGACCCAGUUGCCAGGACUACUUUGGCCUGUAUGCGCAGGCAUCUCUGGUUACCUUUAGAGCUUUUGGAUUUUUUGUCAUCUCAAUUAUACAGUUGUUCUAACCUGCUAAAAAAGAAGUCUGUCUGAAAAAGCCAGGAACACAGAACACCACUCUUCUUUUUUUCUUCCCUUGUCUCAUCUAGGAUAGUUGACUUCUUUAACGUUUACUUUCAACAGCUGCUUUCAGCUUCCUGCCUCUGCUGUAUUUCCACUUUUGGAUGGGGCAGGAGUUGCAUCUGGCAGAAGCCAGCUUUAACGUGGGAUUUAUCCUGAAUAAAAUACUUGCAGAAGAAAAAGGUAGGAUAAAUGAGAUAAGUUAGUUGUUAACAGGCACAUCUGUCAGCAAAUUUUGGUGUCUGUUGCUCUUGGAAUAAGGUGGGAUCGUGCUGCUUCAUAUUCAACAUUUUCAACCCCAGCAUUUAUGUCAGUGUGUGGUGUGUUCAUGGUUUUCAGCAGGAAGGACCGCAUGUGUAUACUUACUUGACUUUAGAAUGGGGUUUGAUGUAGUUUUUCUGAGACCAGUCUAAAGAUCUAGCAUACAAAUGGAGUCCAAUCUGCCAGAGAAAGUGGAUACAGACUUCAUGUUUGAGAUUUGGGCAGGAACAAUACCAUGUUUGAGAUUUGGGCAGGAACUGCAGGGUCAAAAAGCCACAUGUGCACUUGCUUCCUGCUGAGUUUAGAGAGUAGGUCUUAGUGAGGCAUAAUACCAAGUUUUACAUUCCUCAGAUUAGGUGCUGCAAACCAGGAAAAUCUGUAGGUUUGUAGUUAUAGAGAAUCGGUGUUUUUAUAAGUAAUCUGUACUUACUAAGUUCUAGACCAAAGAAUUAAAUUAUAAAAUGGGCUUGAUUUUCAUGUAUAGCGAGAUUCAUAGACUAUCAGCAGGGCAACAUGGCUGUAAAUUACUGUAAUUUAAUCCCAUUUUAAGGUAAUUUUACUGUGCCAAAGCAGUGUGAAAUCAUCUCAUAGCAGAAGAGCAUCAGGCCUCAAAAUGGAGAGACUGGUGCUAAAGUCACAUUGCUAGUGCCAGUGAUGUUAGGGAAGUAAUCUCUUGUACAGUGAGGGGCAAGCCAUAUAAGUUCUCAAAGAGGUGAGGGGGUGAUCUGCCGCACACCCAGAGCACACAGGAAAUGAGCAGCCAGCAUGGUAGCGGUCUCACAGGCUGGCCCAUUUUGUAGAGCAGUGGGUCUGUACCAGCGGAAGCUUCCGAGGAGCUUUUCUCAGUGACGCUUUCUGAUAACCAGCCAGGACACCCAGGCAGGGAGAUGAAAUUCUGCUAUUUCUCCUCUUGCUUUUGCUGUGCACUUCUAGAUGUUUAGCAGCAUGUGAGUUAGGCACUUUAAUGUAAAAGAUUUUCUGUGAAAAUUACCUCUUAACCCCCCAUUUUCUUUGUGAAAUUUUGGUGCUGAGAUUCUAUAGUUUUUCUUAAGAAACAGUAGAAUCUUACUGAAUACACCAUUCAAGUUAUUAAUUUGACAUUGACCAUAAGAUGAAAAAUUGGAGAUUUUUCUAUAGUGCUUUUGAUUAUUGUUUGAAAAGAGAUAAAAUAAGUAACUGUAAAACUUGCCUUUUUCAAAAUCUUGGUGUAACAUUUUAGACACCACACAGCUUAACAUCAUUCCCAAAUUACAUUCUCAUGUUUUUGGCUAGUGGUGUGCGGUUUUAUUAAAUCUGCAGUUUUCAAGUGCUUCCAUACUAUGACACAACUCACAGCUGAAAAAUAUUUUCAGAUAACCCCAGCACAACAAAUAAGAAAGGAAGUUGGCUGCAGCUGUCUCAAGCCCACUAUUAAAGCAUUAUGGCCUUAAGAUGCUGGGCAGGAUCACACAAAUGCAACAAAGCAAUGUAACAACAAAAUUUGUGGGCUGUAGCCCACAUUAGCCACCAUUAGCUCUUCUCCACAAAACCAAGUAGAGUUUCAUAUUUGCUUAGCAGGAUUUAGUUUUCCUUCCAUUUUUAUGUCAGUGAAGAACUGGAAAACCUUUCCAAUCCACCAGAAGGAUCAGUAUACAGUGGAAGGGGAGAUUUUGGAGCCUGCAAAACUGUGAUGCAGAGUGUGAGUACUGGAAGUCAUGGCUACAAACCUUGGUGUAUCAGGUCUAAUAUGAGCAGCUGGCAAAGUGGCAGGGAGCAAUAGCCCCAGCAGUCGCAGUCUGUGGCUGCUGCCAGGGUGAGCAUGGUCUGAGCACUUUGUGCACACGUGCAUUUCCUGCAGAGUGGGUACAGGAGUGGUUUGUGCCCAGCCUGGCUUGUGGCCGUGCCCUGUGUUCAUCACAGACCCUUUAUCACUCCCCCCUGCACAGCUGCCUGCUCCUGUCUCUGCGCUGUGUUGCUUUUGCACAAGCAGUUGCAUUUGGUCCUUGGUUACAGAAGCCAAGGAGAAGUGUAAAUUGCUAAGGGAUGAGGGUGGGGCUGAACUUGGCAUGCUUCUCUUUACCUGACAAAACAUAUGAACGUGCUGGAAACCACACGAGGAUUCUGCUGUGGUUUGGGGAUUUCUCUACAGGGAGCCAUAGUGACCUGUCACGUAAGAAAGACCCAGCAUGUGCUGGAAAAGGAGCAAACACCUCUCCUGGCAGAAGUUGGCACAGUGGGCUGUGGUUACAUACUGUGCAUGAUGCUGCUUCUCACACACAAGCCUUUGCUCAUGAACGUCCGAAGUUUAACGUUCAUCACAGCAAAACGAAUGGUGACAUGCAGUAAAUAUGAGUUCUUCCUGAAUCAAAAACAAAUCGUCAUGUUUUAGCAAGAGCUCAUUAUUGUGUAUUGUUUGAUCAACAUUAUUACUACUUGAAACAUCUCUACAUCUGACACUUUAUUCUUCUCACAAAAUAUACAAAAAUAAUCUUCCAUGGAACACUGUCUAAUUCUGUUGUAACAUUUUCCUUCUCCGUCUUUACCUCCCACUGAAAUAAAACCUGUGCAAAUACAUAACUUAAAGAACAUGGAGGACCUCCUUCUUCUCCCACUGAUAUUAGGGGGAGAACAUCUAGGCUUGAGAAUCUCCAUAUUUUGUAUUAGACAUUUUAUAAAAUCGGAGCAAAGUUAAACCUGAAGAGACUUCAGAAAGUAAAGCUGGAGAUCUUGCAAGGGAUCCAUUGAGGAAAAUGGAGAAAUGGUAGAGCAAUUUUUAAAGACCUUUUAACAUUGAGGAGCAUGUUAUAUCCCCUGUAGCAUUCAUGUAUUAGCUUUUAGCUUUAGUUUAAGGGAGCCAGUCAAGAAGAUCAAGUAGUGUGCAAACAAGGGAGAGGAGUGCAGUCCUACCUCAGGUUAGAGCCAAAACACACAGAAGUCAGCCUUCUCCACUGCAGUGGGCUUGGCACAGGCUCUGAAAGGGGGGAAGCCCUUUUGCCUGCAAAUGCAAGCGUGUAUAUGGAGAUGCCAGUUUGUUUCAACAAUUUAUCCUGUCCCACAUCUGUGGGAUUUAAUAUAAAUCCAUGCAUCUCCUUAACAAGUCAUUGUAACAUAUUGUAAAGAUGCGUCUAAUAAAUGUAAUAGCUGCAUACACAGCAGAAAUAUAACAAUUUACAAUGGGUGACUAUGUAAUUUUAUAUGUAAAACUCUAUCAGUUAGAUACCUAGGUUAUUGCAAAUCCCCAUUUAGCACACCAGUAAUAUCUGCUCAUGUGCAUACAAAUACAUAUGUUCCUGUAUGUAGACCAUGACCAUUUCAAUAAUGCAUCCAUUUGAUGCAAAAUAUGUAUGUAGGUUUUCAAAUGAUGGUAAGAUAUCUUGCUCACAACACGUUGUUUCCUACAGCAAUCUGUAGCAAUGUCUUUUGCAAUGAAUUAAUAUCAAUGUGUCCAUACAUAUAUAUGUAUAUGGACAUACACAUAUGCAUGUACAUAUGGAUGUGAUUUUUUUGUAUACAAAUGUAUUGAUUCAUCACUGAAAUACUUAGAUUUUAAAUAUGCAUAGACUUAUUUUCUGUAUUUUAUGUAUCUAUAUAUGUGCAUAUACACUUCUAUGCAUCCAGUCUAGCAAAUAAUGGAUCAUUCUCUGAGAAAUUAUAAAUUAUUAUUUAAAAGUAAGAAACGUUAGUUGUGUAUGAAAGAGAAAUGGAUACCUGUGUCUGCAGAUGGUAAAAAUAGAGAACAAGCAAAAAUAGGGGUAGGGUCAGGCUCACUGGAAAGAAAACACAGUAAUUGUUGAAGGUUGUAAAUAAAAGAGUACUUCAACAGCCUAAGAAUACUUCAACAGCCAUAAAAAUUUGGGGAGAUUUUGAAGAGUUAUAUCUGUAAAAAAAAAUCCUACAAAAAUAUGUUACCAAAAUAUGUUGACAAAUCAAAAAUAUGCCUUUUUGAUUUUUCUCCAGCUUCAAGAAAUUUAAUUCUGUUAAAAGAGGAUGUGGCAUGAAAAAUUUGAAGUGGUUUGAGGCCCAAAGUUGCAAACAUUUCUACAUUUCAAUAAUUCUAUACCCACAGUAGUCUGAUUAAAGUCAAUUACUUAAAUAUAAUGCAUUUUAUAUUAUCAAGGCUUCAGUUUGGCUACAAUGCAGUUAGAGUUGCUGAAAAUUUGCUUUUGACCUGUAAGUCAUUCAGGUAGAAAAACUAUUCAUAGGUAUGUAUGAUAGCACUGGAGUCAGCACGCAGCACUUUAUCCAUGUUCAUCUGCAAGCGUGUCUGUAUCCCCAUCUGGACCCAGGAGCAGUUCUGUGUCAGUGUGAAUAUGUAUGUACACACACACACACACACAUAUAUGUAUACAUAUAUUUGUGUGUGUGUGUGUACAGAAACAGUGACUGUGAGGGACAGCAGACGGACAGAUGGUUGAUGAACUUGUGUGCUCGAAUGUACAUGUGUGUGACAUUUGCACACCAGCUGCUCCAUGUACAGCUGCAUCUGUAGUGAAACUCCAAAAUUUCUUCUCUGUUUAAGCGCAGAGGAGAAAAAUUAGCACAGAGGAGGGUGGGAAAGAGAGGUGACAUAUCCAGUAGCCUGCAGAAGGAGAAGGCUAGGCUUACCUAACUUCAGGCAUGACAUGCUGCUCCAUUUCUGGUGACUUUGAGGGUAUUGGAUCAGACUGAGAAUGGUUUAUGAGCUGGUCCUCUCUGAAGAGAUUACUUUCCUACACUUGGUUGACCCCAAUUUUAAUUUGUAGAGAACAUCUAUACUGAAAAUGGAUCCCUUUUGAAAAUGACCCAUAAUACCAUGAAUGCCGCAUAGUUUGUCAUUCACCAUGUCAUGCCAUAAACAUGGAGAAAAAUUACUUCAGACUAAUGGCUUGAAUCUUUAAGUGGGUACUUAGCAUUGCCAGAUCUCAUUGAGUUCUGUUUAGAGAUUUAGGAUCUUGGAUGAGUACAUGAGUCUUACAGGCUUUUUGUUAAUUUUUGGAGUGGUUCUAGUAGUCUGUGUUCCUGUGUAAUUUGUAAAUUGCUGAAUCAAGCUGUGAUUAGCCGCAGAAAGAGGGUUCUUGAAGAUAAAAUAAAUAUUUCUUUUGUCUAAUUCUCUAGUUAGAAUGAGAGUUAAAUUGUUUUUCUCAGCAACUAUAAUGAAUUGAAUAGAUCUUUCGAUGCGUUGUUAUCCAUUGCUUAUAUAUUAUUAUAGGUACUAUUACUAAAGAAAUUAAAUUAAAUUUUAUAAAAUAUAAGAUAGCUCAUUAAGUGGUUUUAUAUGUAUGUGCAAUGUGUAAGCAUGUGUUUCAAUACAUAUAUUUUGUUACACAAAAAGCUUUCAUCCCUUUACUAGGACUUCACAUCUCAAUUAAUCUUGUAAAUAACAUUGGUCUGUUCGUUGUUGUUUUAUAUCAAGAUUUCACAUUCUAAAUAUGAGGGAAUUUGCUUUAAAUCUGAGAACUUGAGUUCCCUUGCUGAUAAUAAAGUUGACAAGAUUACUGAAUAUUUGAUCAUAAAUCUUUUUCUUAAUUUGCCAUGGUUAAAACUGCCAGAAAAAGAAACAGAGGUAUUUUCAGGUGCUAUCUUGCUCCAGAAGUGAUUUUUUGGAAAGGUUUCUAAAAAAGUGGCUCUCUAGUUUCUUGAAAUUUCAUAAAUUAGAAAUUAACCCAAAAUUUCUUUUUUUUUUUUUUUUUCAAAAUAAAAUACUGAAAUUUGAAAACAGGAACAGGAUUUCAGUUUGGUGAACAAGGGAGUGAAUGAAAAUUUCCAAGUUUUUAUGUCUGCAAAUUUUUUUCAUUCUGGAAGGAGAUUGUUUUUGAGAUGACAAGACAUCCUGGCUUUGAAAAUAUGGGGUCAUUGCAUGUUGCUUGCUUUUCUAACUUUAGAAAGGCAUGGAAGAAAUUAUUGUACUUGAGGAUAAAAUAUCUGUACAAAAGCGCUCAUCCAAGCUUCUAAGCAUCCUUUCAAUUCUUUGAAAUAUAAAAGCACCUUGAAAGAUAAUCGGGCAAUUAAUCUGUCAGUAUUGCAAACAUAUCAGAUAGCUGAAUUAUUCUGCCAAUGAGUGACCUGCCACCUCACUCUUGGGCCAAAGAAUAGUGAUGACCCCUGUGGUAGCCACCUUAGCAAGUGAAUGAGUUAAAUGGAGAUUUUUUGGUGGAGUAGUUUGAGGAAAAGAUGCAGCACCUUGCAAAGGUACAGGCUGUGAAUCAGUGGUGCCACCACUGAAUGCCACUAUGGACUGAAACGCUGACAGUCUCUGAGGUGGAGGGAGGCUGAUUGGCAAGACAGGGCUAUAGAUCAAAAUUUUCUUGAAAGGAGUUAAGAAAACAGGAGGCAGCUAAUGCAGAUGUCAGAGAAUCAGCUGAGUGAAUGCAUGGCAAGUGCAGCAAGGAGCUGUUUGCUUGCAGUCUCCAGACCGACUGCAGCUGAUGGAUUAGUUUUCAGGAGACCUGUGCUGUGGAAGCAGUCUGGAGUCUUGUAUCUGAAUGGAGCAAGUAUACCUAUAGCUCAUCCACAGAGCUGAAAACCAGGUAGUGCGACCUUGACAACCAGGUGAUCUAGCAGAGUGUCCAAACUGGAGUCACAACAGCCACAGUUUCUGUGUCACAAGGGGCAGCAUCUUCUGGGUGCUGUCACUAACCAGGCAGCAGCGUCUCUGCCCUGUGUCAAUGCCACCCUUCCUCCUCCUCCCUCUCCUGCUUGCAGGAGUUUUCCCAGGCCCUGUCCAUGCCCUGUAGUGCCCACUGUGCGCAUGAAGGUGGAAAGCUGCACACUCUUCUGGUCAGUGAGGGAAGUCUUUGUGCCUCCUUCCUCUCCUUGAGGGCGUUCAGCUAAGGGAUAUGAGGAGAAUUCUUACAUAUCUGUGGUGCAAUUGCAAGGGGCAGUGGUUACAGUCAGCACAUUGGGGAAGAACUGUAGGCACCGUUUUGUAGAUCCCACCUCUGUGUGAGGUGGGACUUAAAUGAGUAGAGUAGGUAGGCAAAGACACUAUUUACAUUCAAGUAUUGCACAGCUAGUGGAAGUAUCUCCUGUGGUUUCAACCUCUUCUAUUAGUCUAAAUAUUUUAAUUUCCCUGCCAUGUCAAGUCGCUUCAAGAACUGGCAUACACAGUGCUCAAACUGAAAAAUUAAUCUGCUGUUAUCCUGACAUAAACAGGGACUCUGCUAUGAUGUAAUUGAGGUAAGGAAUGGCCAUAAUAGUUAGCGUGUUAACUGCUUUAACUCUCUGAAGCAUUUUGUGACUGAUCUAAAAAGCUGGUUGUUUGCCUGCAUGGUUUGUUUAUGUAUGAGCUAAUUCCAUUGAAAUUCCAGCCUACCUGAGAGUGCACUAUCAGGAUCUAAGGGAGGUUUUGAAAUUGGAAGUUCCUGACUGUUUUUAUUUUCCCCUAUCAUAAGAUGCUGUCCAUCCCCUGGAGAUGUUUAGCCAUAGCGAGUCAUGCUCACAGUGAUCUUAUAGUAGAUGCCAGAGAUAUUCUUGGCAGAAAUGAAAAUCCCAGCUGGUUCAGCUGAUAAACUUAUCCCUUUUGAUACAGUAGUCCUGCUUUCCUUUUUUGGUAGAGCUCUUUCAACAAAUACCAGAUUAGUUUUUCAUGGGAUGUAUAUUCACUUGAACCCUCUACCUGCAAAGAGCUCAGUGCUGCUGUGCUCUGCUUUUCAUCCCAUCCCAUUGCAGGUUGGCAACCCCACUCACCUUCUCCGUAUCUUAUUCAGCCAUGAUUAAAUGUGAGGCAUUUUACCUGCAUGAGAUUGCUGAGGUGCAGGUCAGACUCUGCCAAACAGCAACUGUGGUAGGGCUUCUUGUGCUCACAUCAUCAGCGAAGUCCGAGAUCUCUGUAACCACACACUAGUGCCUGUAUUCCAAAGACAGAGGGAACAAAACCUGAAGUUUAUUAAAGAUCACUGCUCAGCAUGACCACACAAGAAUAAGACAUGCAUUCUUAUACCUAGUGAUUUUAUAAAAGGUCUUACCUUACUAUUCAAAUAAUAUCUUCUAUUGUUAUGAGUGAUGAAAGCAGAAACAAAAAAAAACAUAAAUGAAGAUAUAGGUUUAUAUAUUGAAUUCCAUAUACAAAAUUAUUUUAAUAAAGUCAAUAAAUUUUUGAAAAUCAAAUUGUUGGAGGAAAAAAAAAAGCCUCGGCAGCUUAGACUCCAUCUCUAAUUUGUGAUUAGAAGGUAUUCUGCAAUCUUGUAAUGGUUGUAGCACACUGUGCUGUCAGACCCAGACAGAAUAUGAGAGAAAGGGACAAAAACUUUUGCAAAUAUUUAUAAAACUGGUUGUAUACUGAGGCACAGAAGUGCCCAGUACUGUCUUUAAAGGACACUUUGAAGUACUGCUCUUUAAAGGACACUGCUUUUUGUUGAUACUUAAUCAAGUGUUUUCCAUCCAGUGAGGUGAACUUGUGUAAUUAUUUUAAUACACUAAUGCUGCUCUUACCCUGAGGCUGCAACAAAGACCAGCUGUGUGCCUAAUUACAGAUAAUACUUCAAUGUGCCCAUAUGUAGUCCCAGUUACAUAUGGAGGCAGGUGAAUUGUUGUUGCCAAAUGCAAGAUCAGGGUCAUUGAAGGCAAUUUGUCCACAGGAUCACAAUAUGGACCUCGUUAUGUACCAGGGUUUUUUAUUAUUCACUGAUGGAAUGUAGAACAAUAUAAUUUGCUUUGAAAACAAUUCUGCACUGUCACAUUGGAGUAUUUUAUCAUCUUGUAUUGUCUGUCAGCUAGCCAUAUUCACUAGUCCUUAAUAUCUCUUUCAAUCUUUAAUAAUUUUUAUGCUUUAAAAAUAACCAGCAUAAUUUGACCUGGUAAUCAACAAGUUGAGUGCCAGAACAAUCUUUUUAUCUGUCUUUGUCUGUUUUGGCAUUUAUGAAAUUGCAAAAGUCAUGCUUUGGACAUCCUUAUUUUGUCCUACAUUCCAAUGUGCACAAAAUAAUAAACCUGAGGGCACUGAGGACUACUCGCACCAAAUAAAUGUUUGUUCUGCAAAGGAUACGUGGUACAUGGAAACUUUCUCCUGAGAAUACGCAGCUUUGUCUGAAUAGGACCCUACUGUCUUGUGGUGAAAUUGAGGUGUUUUCAAACUGUAUUGCUGACCCAAUUUUGAAAUAGAAUACUUUGAAAGAGAGAUUAUGAUUCAUAUAAGCAAUUUGAAUGUUUAUCCUACAUAUGCUUUUUGAAAUUUUCAUAGAUGUGUUUCGUAAACGUCUUGUUUAGUUCCCUUGAGAGCUUCUUUGGAGAAAAGAGAAGGCGAGAGAGUGGAGUUAGAUCUAAUGAAUCUUUAAAAGCAGAUUUUCAUCUGCUGCCACUAAAGCUUCAAUUCACAGUGCAGCCUGUUUCCCGGCAGCCAGGAAUGCCGUGAAGCAGCCUCAGCUUCCAUCCCACUUCCUAGAAGCGAGCGGCAGUGCUGAGAGCACGGCGUCGCUGGCGGGCCAGGAAGCACCGUCUGUUGCAAUGACUCCUGUAGAUACCGUAACUCGAGCACGCACAGGGACACCCGCAGACCUGGUGCCACCUCUAUAAAGCAGCGUGCUCCGGCCACACGUCUUCCUUCAGCCGGGCCAUCUGGUGGGAGAGAUGCAGGUGUGCCAGCAGCACAAGAGGAGAAACGUCAUUUGACUCACUGAAGAUUUAAAACCGACAGAGUCAUGUGGGAGAAGAUGAAAUUUUAGUCUCAAGUGGCAGAAUCAAGUCAUAAGAAGUAAAGAGAUUUGGAUGGUUUCUCACUAAAUGGAAAUUAUAUAGAAGGCCUCUAAGACCACUGCAUCUCUCCAUCCCGCUCCUGCUGCACAGAGACUGCACUCUUGGCCUUGGACGUUAAUAAAAUGCUGGAUUCAGUCAAGUGUGUUCUGGUGGGAGACUCUGCCGUUGGGAAAACUUCUCUCCUGGUACGUUUCACCUCUGAGACUUUUCCAGAUGACUACAGACCCACUGUCUAUGAAAAUACCGGAGUGGAUGUCUUCAUGGAUGGUGUACAGAUCAGCUUAGGUCUUUGGGACACGUCUGGCAGUGAUGCCUUUAAAGGCAUUCGCCCCCUCUCCUACCAACAGGCAGAUGUGGUAUUAAUGUGCUACUCGGUAGCAAACCAUCAUUCCUUCCUGAACCUGAGGAACAAAUGGAUCAGCGAGAUCCGCAGCCAUUUGCCCCGCAUCCCCGUUUUGGUGGUGGCCACUCAGACUGACCAGCGUGACAUGGGUCCCUACAGUUCCUCCUGCAUCAGCCCUAUAGAUGGCAAGCGGCUUGCCCAGGAUGUGCGAGCCAAAGGCUAUUUGGAAUGUUCUGCCCUCAGCAACAGGGGAGUGCAGCAGGUGUUUGAGUGUGCUGUGCGGACAGCGGUCAAUCAAGCCAAAAGGCAGAGCAGGCGGAAGCUCUUCUCCAUUAAUGAGUGCAAGAUCUUUUGAGGACUGUCAGCAGUGGUUUUGCUCACGCUUGUUCUUUCUGUUUUCUCACAAAGCCACUGCAACGGGGAGAAUGGGAGGUGAAUCAAAGGAGGGCUCCUGGCAGGACCACAGUGCAGGUGCCUCUUGUGAGACGGGUGUGCUCUUUAUCUGAGCCUCUUCCCUCCAAAACACAUGUGUGCUAUCUUGAAAAAUGAAAGGUGCAUACCCUUAUCCACAAGCCUCUGUUUGGACUUCGCAAGCCUGAACUGCACCAGGCCUAGCCUGCAGAUCUGCAGAUAACAGCAGUACUGAUUUUGGCUUUUAUUUCUGUCAGUGUUCCUCAGUUGUUGGUUUGUCUGCAUCUGCAUUUAUUUAAUGACAAAAUUCUGCCUGGAUCAGCCCCCACCUCUGUCCUUGUGGAUUUUUUUUACUUAAGAAUAUAGUAUAUAAAACCUGACCAAUGUGUAUUUUAUUUAGAGGACUCUUGGAUAUAUUGUUGAAAAUCACAAAAGUUUGUUUUAAUAUUUCAGUGGUUCUCCCUUUAGCUAACCACAGAAAUGAACUGUCCUGUCCAUGUAAUAAAUGGCCUGCAGGCAAGCCUUAGACAUGCCUGAGUCAUGCAUAAUGGUCAUCAGUAUAGGUGAUGGUCCAGCAUCAUAUAUGGUCCAGCAUAGGAAUAUAAUGGUCCAGCAUAGGAAUAAUCAAAACUUAGUGACAUUUGACAGCUGUCUCCUUCAGUUUUGUGAGAUUUGUUACCUUAAUAUUGUUCCUCAACAAUGUGGUCAAAGGUGGGAAACAAAUCUGAUUCUUCCUAGACUUCACGGGCUUACAACCUCAGGGUUUGCAGGGAGGGUUGGUUUAGACAUAUGAUUGGGCUGGCAGGGAUGAAUCUGUGCUACCAUCACCUCUGUUGUCCCUGCUGUAGUUCUGGAGGCAAAAAAUUUCAGUCUCCAGAGAUGGAAGAUAUUUUUUCAUGAGCACUUAUGUUCUCACAUAUUUUUAGUACACCUUGUUUCAAAGCAGUGGUUUCAGUGGAAUCAGUCACCUACAUUAGUAAAAGAUUGAGUACAUAGCAAGAUUGAAUGGAUGUCUUUAGAAUGGCUAAAUUACUUUUUUUUUGAGUUCGCAUGCUAAUUAUAAUUGCCUAGGUUGUAUCCAAGUAAGACUGGAACAGGCUUUAAAUCCUGGGGAGCCUGUCAAGUCUAGGAGCCAAAUCCUGAUGUAUAUACUGGGGCCAAGUUACCUUCCUACACAGAAAGGCAGGCUAAGGAAAUGGAAACUUCAGGUGUGUAAGAGAACUGCUGGAAGAUGAAGUAGGCUCAAGACACAAUGCUGUACAUUCCUUGUGAAUUGUCGUGGUCCUCUCCUUCUCAUAUUAUCUGUCCCCUCUGUCCUUCACCCUCUCUCAGGUCUUGCAGAUCUGUCUCAUCCCAAGAGAAUUUCUUAGUGCAGCAAGAUUUUCUUUGUCCCUUUUCCUGUCCUUCUGCUAGCUAGGAACUAACCUUUGAGGGGCUUAUAGCAUGGUGCCAUAAAAGGUGGCACAUGGCACAGUAGGAUUAUCUCACCUGUGAUGUAGGUGAGCAAGUAUUUACACUGUGGGCACCUUGAUUACCAGUAGGAAAAGGAACACCUGGUGUUGUGGUUGUCCCACCAGCUUCCAGACUGUUGAAUAUUUACAGCUCAUCAACCUGAUUGUAAGGGAGGCUUCUGAUCAUAAAAACAUCCCGGUCUCAUCUGAGGUUUUUGUAUCAGCCUUAAAUCUCUACAAACUUCUGCACCUGAGCACAUAAGACAGGGACUUCUGUCACCACCCAUCUUCCCUGAAUUCUUCUCUUUCCUACUUCUCUUUCUUCUCGAGUGUUGAUUUGUUACUGAAACACUGAAACACUAAAACUGACAUAUUUGUAAAAGAACCUGAAUGGCAUUGUACUUGUGUAGAGUUACGCAAGUGGCCAAGUAUUUGCGGUCCUUGGUUAAAAAUCUUUUGGCUUUUGGGAGAAAUAUUCUUCUACAUUCCAUACAUCUUGCAACACCUCUCCACUGGAAGUCUUAGGUUUUGUAACUCUAAUUUAAAAGUAGCUAUUGUUACGAUUUGAACAUUAAAGACUGCAUGAAAAAUGUCGUGUUACGAAUUUUCAAAUCUGUUACAACUGGGGACAUUUUUGUCAUGUUCCCUACUCCACUAAUGGAUUGAAUACCUGGUUUUAAUUAUUUUUAAGAUUUUUAAGACAUAUUUUUUUUCCAGAAUGCUC